UGAGGCCCAGGAAGUGACGGCUCCGCCCGGGGACGCCUGGAGUCGGUGAAGUCCGCACCGCCACCGCUGUGGUCGCUGUGUUCCCCGGCUUGGGCGAUGGAGAACGGAGCCGUGUACCGCCCCACCACCGAGGAGGACCCGGGCCCGGCCAGGGGCGCCCGGAGCGGCCUCGCCGCCUGCUGCAACCUGGGCCGGCUCCGGCUGCCGCGGCGCGUGCUCAAGGGCUUGCAGCUGUUGCUGUCUUUGCUGGCCUUCAUCUGUGAAGAAGUCGUAUCACAGUGCACUUUGUGCGGAGGACUUUACUUUUUUGAAUUUGUAAGCAGCAGUGCCUUUCUCCUUUGUCUCCUUAUGCUGAUAGUGUACUGCACUCCGGUUUAUGACAGAGUCGAUGCUGGAAAAGUCAAGUCCUCGGACUUUUACAUUACUCUGGGGAUAGGAUGUGUGUUUUUGUUGGCGUCCAUCAUUUUCGUUUCCACGCAUGACCAAACCUCAGCUGAAAUUGCUGCAAUUGUGUUUGGAUUUCUAGCAAGUUUUAUGUUCCUGGCUGACUUUGCCAUUAUGGCGUAUGAGAAACGACAGGAGUCCCAGAAGAGAAAACCUGAGGCCACUGUUAGGGCAGAGGCCCUCACCGUACCACUUAAUGCUUAAAGACUCUAGGGAGCAGGCGUUACGGAUGGCGGCGACUGCGUGGUCCCUGAGCCCGGGCAGAAGCACGUGUACUAUCUGUGUAAUUACUAAACCACUUUUGAAGAGCAAGGGGAAGCGUCAGAAGGCAAUGUUGUCGAUAUUGGACAGUAUGUUAGUCACCACAAGUUAGGCCAGGGUGGUUGUUUUUUUUAUAUAACAUUUAAAACUUGUAUUAUGCAGUCUAUUAUUUUGGGGGGGUGGGGUGGGGAGGGCCGUUUCUUUAAAUCACAGCUCACUGAUAAAUUAUUCUGUCGUUACUAGGCUUAGCUUUCAGAUGAUUCUUUAUAGCUAUAUAAACAGCAUGAUUAAGUUAAUCCAUUUAGAUAUUAUUUCAUUUUUAAGUUAAUUUGCUUCACUAUGAGGUUGUUUUUUGAUGAUUCGAUAAAAUUUAAUGUAUAUUUAAAUUUUAAAUAUUGGUCUAGGUUUUUUCCUUCAAAUAUAAUACUUAGGCUUUACUGUAUCUUCCUUGGCCUUAAAAUUCUAUUGUAACAUUUUAAGACAAUUGUUAUAAGUUCUUUUGUUGCCUAAUAGAAAGCGUAUGGGAAAUAUUGGUAUUUUAUAUGUAUAACCCAAUAUUUAUACUGCACUUUGGUGGUUAUUGAUAUCAAGCGGGGAAAAAAAAAGAUUUUUAUGUAACACAUAGAAAAAUGGAAGAAACUGAUACCACACCUAAGGACCAAAGAUGAUAAAGGCGUACUUUUUGUGCAAUACAGUGAAAUUAUAAGAGCAGGCUUCAGCCACUCACCAAGUGUCUGCAGAGGUGAGUUCAUACUGUGAGUGAGAGAGGGUUCGUUCUAUUGGCACAUGAUUAUUUCUACUGAGAUCGAAGCGGCUCUGCAGGUCCUCCUCGGUGUGUUCUGUGGAGCCAGAUUCCGUUUUAAAACCCCAGCCUGUGAUUUUCCAUCUGUUUGAGAUGCUCGCGUUUCUGUCUCCGGACCAGGAUGGUCUGCACACUGCUUCCCCGUCAAGCAGCGGUGGGCCUCUGGCUCUUCCUUGUUGGCAGUGCCUUUCGGGGGCCCAGGAUCUUGGGCUCUUUUGUUGCCUAGCGUGUUAACACGGUCCUUAGGGUUUUGUUCCCACAGAGGCACUGCUCUAGUUUCCCUUUGGAGGAGACCUUAAAGUGAACAUCUGGAGCAGGGGUGGGCAAACUUUUUGACUCGAGGGCCACAAUGGGUUCUUAAACUGGACUCAGAAGAAGGAGCUGCGGCCGUGUUUCCCGACGUUGCCAUGUUAACACUGCUGCUGGUGAAGGAGCGGAGGGGAGAGCAAGAGAACCCUCCGCUCUUUCGGCUCCGCGGGCCGGAUAGAACAGCCGAACAGGCCGGAUCCGGCCCGCAGGCCGUAGUUUGCCCACGGCUGAUCUAGAGAAUCUUGCCCAGGUUAAUACUGUUGAUGGUGUAGGGAGUAGUCUUACUAUUCUCAAGAGACACUUCAUCACCAGUUCUGAUAAUCAGGAAGAAUUGUUGGCUGUUGGGUCCCAGACUAGAUCUUUCUUGUCCUCCUCUUAGAUUUUUGACUCAAGACUUUGUUGUUAAGGUGCUGAGCAGUGCGUCAGGUCCGGAAGGACUUUGGUGGAGGUCCCCCCGGCUAGGCAUCCUAGGUUUUCUGUCUGAAAAAUGGAAUCGUGUUUCCAGUGAGGCAGUUUAAUGAUCCCAUCCUUUCUUAACUUCUCAUCUGCCUGUUGUAGACAGGUUUUAGCUACAUCAACGUGGCUCAUGUGGUUCUCAAACAUUAGUCCUGACGGCCAGGCACAGCUUCUGCUCUGGCUUGGUGACUCAGGACUUACCUAUCUGAAUCAGAGUUUGGAUGCUGGUGCUAGUGGCGAUGUCACCAACACCUGCUUGGGAGAUAAGGAAACCAGUCAUGGGUGCUGAUGUUACUGGGCGUGCCAUCUAAGGGAGGAGAAAUAGCCGGGGCUUGGGCUCAAGAAUAAAGACUGGUUCAAAAAUAGCCAGCUUAUGGUGGGCAAGUUCUGGAAUUUCACAU